AUCUUCCCCGUAUUGCGAAGGUUCCCAUACGAUGUCGUGAUAUUUCUACACUUGUUCGAUGAUAGUUGUGACCUUGCUCUUCAAGUUUUCAUCACCCAAUUAUUGUGUGAUUGUGUGUACUAUUAUUCUCCUUCAACCAAUCCCAAGAGCAUACUUAAUUGCCUUCUCAACCAUUCUAAAAAGCUUUAUUACUCCGUCCUCUUUAAAUUGCAUCAAAGAAAAAUUAGUGUAUUUUUAAGAAAAUGGUAAUAAAUGAAGAAAGAGAAUAAAUUGUGUUAAUAAAAUUAAAAGAGAGUUAUAAUGUAUGAAUAAGAUUAAAAGAAAGUGGUGAUCCAUUAUUCAAAAAUAGAAAUGAUGCAAAUUAAAUGAGACAGACUAAAAUGAAAAAUAAUGCAAAUUCAAUAGGACGGAGAGAGUAUUAAUUAACUUAUUUGGUGAACAUAAGUAGUCCAUAUUCACAACAAUCUUCACCUUAACUUAUGCUUUCAAAGUUACAAAACUCAAUUUCAAGAAUACCAAACAUCCGACUACUUUAUUUUUGCAUGAUAGGGGAUAAGCACAAGCAAUACAAGAAUCUUAGAUUAAUUACUAUAAAGAUUAUAACCAGCAACUUUCAUGAUUACUAUAAUUAGUAUAUCCCGUAGUAGUCUACACCGGCCAUGAACUUUUUAAAAAUAAAGCAAAUUACUCUCUUCCACCAACGCCCCGGUAAAGAAAGCUAGAAACUAAUUAAUCAAUUCCCAGAAAAUAUUAUCCAAAGUUAACUUUUAGUUAAUAAUGGAGCUAUUUUCAGACCUUUCUCACCAGAAACCGGGCUUGAUUUAAAUUAAUAGACUUCCAUUCAUUCCCAUACAACUUUAAUAAGUAAUUAAUUAAUAACACGCGGAUGACAUAUAAAAUUAAUAUUAAUUAUCAAUCAAAUGAUGUUUAAUAAUCCCAAUAAUCAUUCAACAACUACAAUUUAUCUCAUUCCAAAUCUAAAAUUAAAUCCAAAACAUGAAUCUAAAUCUAAUAAUACCAUUAAAUUUGCUGAUCCAUUUCUUGAUCUUAUUCAACAAUGUCUUCCCAAAUAGUGUAGACCAUGAUGCCCUCUUAGCUAUCAAAUCCCAGAUUACAUCUGAUCCUCAUGGUGUUUUAAGCUCAUGGAAUGACACUAAUCCUGUAUGUAAUUGGUAUGGAGUCACUUGUACCACCAAACAUCCACAAAGAGUUGUUGGCUUACACCUUUCCUCUAAAAAUAUGGUUGGUACUUUAUCUCCUUAUGUUUCCAACUUAACUUUCCUUCAUAGUCUUUUUUUAACUAACAAUAGUUUUAAGGGUCAUAUCCCAUCUCAAAUUGGUCACUUGGUUCAUUUAAGAUAUCUUGGUCUUGAAAACAAUCAAUUUGAAGGUGAAAUCCCUGAUAACAUAUCUCGAUGCUCGAAUCUCAAGUUACUUGGUCUAGGAGGUAAUGGCUAUCUUAGUGGAAUCCUUCCUUCUCAGCUUUAUGUUCUGUCUAAUUUGGAGCGUGUAUCACUUUUCAAAAACCGACUUAUGGGUAAUAUUUUUGAUACAAUCAUGAACUUUAGUUCAUUGCAAUUAUUAUCAGCCAAUGAUAAUUUUUUCCAUGGAAGCAUUCCAAAUAACAUUGGUGGGGUACUAACUAAAUUAGUCAUCUUUGGUGUUGCUAAAAAUAGAAUUUCAGGUACAAUUCCUCCUUCCUUUUAUAACCUUUCUAACCUUAGAAAGGUUGAUUUGAACCAUAAUCAACUACAUGGGAUUCUUCCGUUUGAUAUUGGGUUUUGUUUGAUUCGUCUUGUUGAAUUCCAUAUAGCGGAUAAUUUCUUCCAUGGAAUGCUUCCUGCCUCACUUUCUAACCUUACACAGCUUCAGAUCCUGAAUCUUUAUUCUAACAAUUUUACUGGUAAAGUAUUGUUUAGUGCUGAAAGCAUACCGAAUUUGGUCUGGUUUAACAUUAAUCGUAAUUUCUUAGGCACAAACAAAGAUGAUGACCUAAAUUUUGUAAGAUCUUUUGUGAAUUGUAGUCACUUAGAAGAGCUGCAAUGUGGUAGGAACAACUUUGGUGGGGUCCUACCCACUUUUCUUGGGAACUUGUCUUCCAAACUAACUUCUUUGAACUUUAGGAAUAACCAUUUGACAGGAACCAUUCCAUCAGGAUUAUUCAACCUUGUUAAUUUAAAGGUACUAGCAUUGGCAGGUAAUCGACUAACCGGACACAUACCGCCUGUGGUAGGGAAACUCGUAAACUUAGAAAUUUUUACGGGCCAUGACAAUAAUAUCAUAGGAAAUGUUCCUAAUUCAUUUGGGAAUUUGUCAAAAUUGAGCCUUUUGAGUUUAUACAACAAUGGAUUGGAAGGGAUCAUACCAUCUAGUCUAGGAGAGUGUAAAAAUUUGUUAUACUUAAUGCUUUCAGAAAAUAGCCUUAAUGGGAUUCUACCUUCUUCUUUGUUCAAAUCUUCUUCGAUGUUAGUCGAGCUACAUUUAGAUUGUAACCAUCUCGAAGGAGCCAUCCCAACAGAAAUUGGGCAAAUGAAGAAUUUGGUGUUGUUGGAUAUUUCGGAUAACAACUUCUCUGAAGAACUUCCCACGAGCCUCGGAAAUUGCAUUGGCAUUGUUGAACUCUAUAUGGGCGGGAACUUUUUCACUGGAUCGAUCCCUCAAUCGUUUAAGUCAUUGAAUAGUUUGAUUUACAUGAACCUUUCUCAUAAUAGAUUGUCUGGCCCAAUACCGACUUUUCUGUCUAAUCCCUCGUUGAUAGGCUUAGAUAUAUCGUUUAAUCAUUUUGAGGGCGAGGUACCUAGGACGGGUAUUUUUGCAAAUCUAAGUGCUUUGACAAUUCGUGGAAACAAAAACCUUUGUGGAGGAGUUUCUAUGCUUCACUUACCUAGAUGCCCACCAAGUGCUAGACCAAAACGAGGCUCGAAACGACGAGGAAAAAUGUCUGUUACUGCGAUUUUGAUGAUUGCAGUAGCUUGUUUCAUAGUUUGUGUGCUGAUGGUGUCAUCAGCGUGCUUUCUUGUCCUUUUCAAGAGGAAACCGAGUAAUAGUAUAGCAAAAUCACCAUUGAAUUUCAUAGAGCCCUUCCCAAAAGUAUCUUAUGACAUGCUUCUGAAAGCAACCAAUGGAUUUUCUGCACAAAACUUAUUGGGUGCAGGCCAGUUCGGGUCAGUUUAUAAAGCAAUCUUCGAUUCAGAGAAUAAUAAUGUUGUGGCUGUGAAGAUUAUCCGCCUUGAACAGCGAGGGGCAACGAAGAGUUUCAUGGCGGAGUGCCAAGCAUUGAGAAAUAUCCGUCACAGGAAUCUUCUUAAGAUCGUCACUGCCUGCUCGAGUACUGAUUUUCGGGGUAAUGAUUUUAAGGCACUGGUUUAUAAUUACAUGCACAAUGGAAGCCUUAAGCAGUGGAUUCACACUGAUGAACAAGAAACCAGAAUUCUUAGCCUUAUUCAAAGAGUUAAUAUUGCCAUUGAUGUGGCAAGUGCACUGGAUUAUCUGCACAAUGGGUGUGAUGUUCCUGUGAUUCAUUGCGACCUCAAACCGAGCAACAUAUUGCUCGAUAACGACAUGGUUGCUCAUGUUGGGGACUUUGGAUUAGCAAGGUUUCAUUUACAUGAUGCUGCGAGUAUAAAUAGCUCCGUUUCAGUCAAAGGCACAGUUGGAUAUGCUGCUCCAGAGUAUGGCCUUGGAAGUAUGAUAUCGAAAGAAGGUGACAUUUACAGUUUCGGCAUUGUAUUGCUAGAGAUGAUGACUGCAAAAACACCCACUGAUAACACUUUGAAGGAUGGAUUAGAUCUUCAUAAGUACGCAAAAUCAGGUGUACAUGACCACUUGGAGACGAUAAUUGACCCAAGACUCUUCAACAAUGCCACAAGUAACGGAAAUCAAGUUGAAAAAUGUGUAGAAAAUGACAAGUUUAUGAAGUGCAUACGGUCCCUUAUUGAAAUUGGAGUGAGAUGUUCAAUGGACUCACCCCAAGAACGAAUGAAAAUGGAAGAUGUUAUGACAAAGCUACUAGCAAUAAGGGAUGUUGUUCUUAAAAACCUUUAAACAUGUAUGUGAAUUUUUGUGUUAGACUACAAAUCUCAACCACCGCUUAUUUAAUGUGGAAUAUUCAGCGUCUAUGCGCUUUCACACUUCUAGCCCAACGGGCUCUCGUGUGAGGGGGCCUCAACCAUCAGCUUGAGGCCCCAGGAUAUGUUAUAUACUCUAACAUUUUGUUUUAAGACAAGUGAUCUAGUUUGAGUCAUUUUGAUGGAUUUAUGUUCACUUUAGUGAUUCUUUUGUUUUGUGUGCAUUUUGCUCCAAACUUGGGAAUUAUUGAAAGCUUAGCAAAGUAUUUAUGUAAUUGAUUUAGAUUAAGUUUUUAUAAGUUGUAUUUUGAGGCUCUGCGUGGUUGAAUUUUUGACCCGAAAGUUGGUAAGUUAUAGCCAGCUUGUUGUGAAUGUUAUGAAAAGAGAAAAGCAAGGUUAGAUGAUUUGACAACUUGUCGAUGAGCUCCAAGAAGUCCGACUUAUGCUGAGGAGGACUUCAUUGACUAAUAACGCCCAAGGAAUUUGAAUAAUGCUAACGUAGACCUCCUUGACUAGAUCAAACCCAAGGAGUUGGACUUAUAUUGAGGAGGACCUGGUUAGGCUAAUGAGCCCCAAAAAGUUUGCUUUAUACUAAGGAGGGCUUUUUAUGGCUAGGUGAGUCUCAAGGAGUCUGUCUUAUUGUGAGGAGGUGAAGGUUCUCCUUUAGACUAACCAGUGACAAAUCCACUAUCAUGAGAAUUAUGUAACAGUUUAUAUGAAAACUAAUAUUAAAACUCAUUGCAUUACCACCAAUUAAUAUCAAUAACAAACACUUUAGAAGUAUUGUACUUAACCCUCAUGCAACAAGUAAGUCUUGCAAAUACAUUUUUGGCUAUUUAGUCGCAUUAAAUGGUCAUUUUAAAAGGUACAUAAAAACUUAUAUGAAAAAUGUUAUAGUAGGCUAACGAAUGCGGAUGCGUGGGCCUAAAGGUGGCACGAAAGGUUAAUGACCAUGGCUUAAAGGUGUACUAAUGAACCAUGGUUAUAUGCAAGUACUAAGGUGAUUUAAACAAUAAAAGUAAAGCAAACAUCAAC